AUAGACAGUAAUGCAUGUCACGGUUAUUACCUAAUGGCUUAUUACCUAAUGGCUUAUUAGGUAUAAUAGGUACAAGUGAUCAUAAUCUUAAUGCAGUCUCAACACAAACAACAAGACACAAAGAAGUGCAAAAAAAGAAUUGCGCUACCAUAAACCAACAUGAGAGUCUUACAUUUGGCUUGCUUGUUGAUGGCAUUAGGAGCAGGACAAGCUAAGCAAUCUCGUGGCCCUAGUGGUCCACGACCUUCAAAUGGUAACCAACCAGCUUCAAAUGGUAACCAACAACCUCCAAAUGGUAACCAGGCCAGUGGCCCAAGUGAAUCUGAUAGCGCUCAACCUCAAGUUAAUGACGAACAACCAAAUCUCACCAUUGAUGAGAUUUUACAGAUGCGAAGUGCCCUUGAAGAGCACAUUGAAGCCAAAGUGGUGAACAAUGAUCACCCACGCAUUGGUGGACUAGUCAGAUUAGCAUUUCACGACUGUGUAGGAGGUUGUGAUGGAUGUGUCAAUCUUGCGAACUCCGAUAAUGCAGGCCUGCAAAUCUACAUCAAUGACCUUGAGCCUGUCUAUGCACCCUAUGCAAACCUCAUAUCCAGGGCAGAUUUCUGGCAGCUUGCUGGUUUAGAAGCAUUAAGACGUGCAGCAGAAGCAUGUGUCCCACAGGGGUGUAACCCAGUGUACCCUGACAUACAAUUUCGCAUUGGCCGUCAAGAUUGUGAAACAUCACCAAAUACUGCUGAAAUAAGAAUGUUCCCUAACAAUGGUGGUCAUGGUACACUCAAUGACGUACUGGACUUUUUUGAUGAUGCAUUUGGUUUAGAUGAGACUGGAUCGGUUGCAUUACUAGGUGCACAUACUCUGGGCAGGGCUCGAUCAGGGGACUCUGGGUUUAAUGGCCCAUGGGUAGGAAAUGCUGAUCUUCUCGAUAAUGCCUACUUCCGUGAUCUGUUGAACCGGAACUGGAUCCAGAUCAACAUUGCACCAGCCAAUGAGGAAGCUAGGUGGCAAUGGAUUCCAGGAAAUCCUCGUCCACCUCCCCAGGGUCGUCGGCGACGUCAAGCUGCAGGCAAUGGUCCAAUGAUGCUCAACUCAGAUAUGUGCCUCGUCAAACACAUCAUUGUCACACCAACUGGCCAAUCAGAGUGCAACUAUUUCUCAUGCGCGGAUUCCUUUACCAUUGACCUUGUAAGACAGUAUGCCAACAACAAUGAAAUGUGGAUCCAGGAUUUCUCAACAGCUUAUACAACCAUGAUUGAAACCACAGUUGCUAACCUUAUGGUCCCUGGAGAAACCCAGAGCGAAGAAGAAGAAGGCGUUGGAAUACCCACACAACCUGAAGAUGGAGGAGCAGGUGGAAGAGGAGGGAGAGACUAAGAGGCAAAACAUGGGUGGUUGAGCCAACAUAUACUGUACAUGUACAAGUACUUAGGGGACAAGUAAAUGAAAAUGUGUCACCUUUUCCUGAAAGUAACUCUGUUGGUUAGGUCAUGGGCAUUCCAUAGAAAUCCUAUUGAAAGUCCAUGGUUAGGUGGGCUAUAAGAAGCCAUCUUAGUUAGCUUGACCAGUGAAAUUCCAAUGUUCAUAAUCUUUAACCUCAUGAAAAUUAAAAUUGAGAAAAAAGUACUUCAUGAUGCAAAGGGUGUAACAUAUAAGCCAUACUUUAACUUCCUACAAUACUUCACAUCUUUUAUCUUAAAUAUGUUCAACAUUAUACACACUGAUUAACAAUCUGUAUGACAUAAGGAUUUAAGGGGUGACCAUUAACUUAUAUUAGGCCGGGAAGGGGAAGGUACCUUUCAUAAAAUGGUUGUAUUA